CUGGAAGCCACAAUGGUGGAAUCUUCUAAUUUGGGUAGAACGCUGAACAAUCCGCCGGUUCAGCCGCUACCUACACAAUCACCAUCCGGUAUGCGCUGUGGUACCCUGGAGACACGAGUGCGGGGCGCCUGGUAUCGAGUACUGGUUACAUUGGAAACGGAUUAUUUGGCCAUAAGUUUGGAUGAGACGUGUGAGAAUGCUGGUAAUGGUGGUGACCAAUCAACAACAUUAAACGGUACAUUGGGAAGCAAUCACAGUGGCCAUAAUGGUACAAUACCAUCAUCCGCAUCUAUGCAGGGCAUGGGUGGUGGCGGCGGUGGCGUCGUGGGCAGCGGUGGUGGUACUUCAACAAUAAAUUCUACAACUUCAACAACUAGCAAUGAAUUGGAUACAACAGACAAUGGUGAUCACAUGCUGAACAAUAAUACGUUAGACAAUGGCAUGGAUAUGUGCGAUGUACCUGAUCAUGUGGCCAAUCAAAAGAGACACGUUCGAAUAAUAAAGUCUGAAAACAAUGGUCUGGGUAUAUCAAUUAAGGGUGGGCGAGAAAAUCGCAUGCCCAUUCUUAUAUCAAAGAUAUUUCGGGGCAUGGCCGCCGAUCAAGCCAAAGGCCUGUAUGUGGGCGAUGCAAUACUUUCCGUGAACGGAGAAGAAUUACGGGAGGCAACACACGAUGAAGCCGUGAGAGCUUUGAAAAGAGCCGGCCGUGUUGUGGAUUUGGAGGUAAAAUUUUUACGAGAAGUCACACCUUACUUUAGAAAAGCCAGCAUAAUAUCUGAAGUUGGCUGGGAAUUACAACGAGCCUUCUUAUGCCCACUGGGACCCGGGGUAUCGGCCUCACCACCUGCACCGAAGACAACACCAAGAGCUGAUACACGUUACAUACCGUUGCAGUUAACGCACUUGGCACGGAAUUUAAAAUAUAUCGAUCCAGAAAAUCGCUGCUUGGAAUUACAUUCACCGGAUGGUGUACAUUCGUGCAUAUUGCGCGCUGCCGAUUCGGCCGAGGCUUUGGUGUGGUUUAAUGCCUUGCACAGUGCCAUGAGUGGCUCGACUCAACGUGCUUUAGUGGAAGCCAAUCGAGCUUUAAUGAAUGUCAUCGGCGAACUCAAACAUAUUGGCUGGCUGAGCAGACGCCUAAGUGGCAGCAGUGGGGCCAGCAAUGCAAGUGGUGGUGGCCUGGGUGGCGGCAAUAAUGCCAUGACAGGUACCACAACAAGUGCCGGCAGUGGUGGUGAAGUGCCAAGUGGUCGUUCUAGUUCAGAAAGUUCUGAUGAAAAUGAUAAAUGGCAACCCAUAUUUGUGGCUGUAACCGAACGUGAGUUAAGGAUAUACGAAAGUGCACCGUGGUCGGUGGAAGCAUGGGGUCGGCCUUUAGAAAGUUUUGCAUUGGCCACAACGAGAUUAGCAGGUGCCGGCAAUAAUUCUUCUUUGAAUGGACAGCAAUCGACAGUAUUCUGCAUUAGAUGCGGUACAACACGUGGUGUUCUGGUCUAUUGGUUGCGUUCGGAGACCCAUCGUGAUAUGGCGGCCUGGGCCAGAGCCUUAGUUCAAGGUUCCCAUAAUGCGGUCAACUAUCAGCGAGAGUUCUCAUUUCGUUGCCUGUACCAGGGCAGGCAGUGUCAAUUGGUUGUGCACCUAAAUCGUGGCUUUUGUCUGUACGAAUGCGGCUAUGCGGCACCAGCUCAAACGAAAACCCAAUUAUGGCAAUUUCCUUUUGAUAAAUUACGCGGUUCGGCAGAUGAUGGCAACCGGAUGCUGUUUUUGGAUUUUGGCGAUGAUGGUGAAAUUGAACUGGAUAUGGAAUGCUGUCCCAAACCCGUCGUAUUUGUUCUACACAACUGUCUGUCGGCCAAGGUCCACAAUAUUGUCUAAAAAAACGAAACGAAUGCAAUAAAGUCUAAAUAAUAGGAGAAAAAAGGUAAAAUAGU